AUGGACUGCUCCAUCGACCUGAAGAAGCCCAUCGACAAGCGGAUCUACAAGGGGACGCAGCCCACGUGCCACGACUUCAACCAGUUCACCGCCGCCUCCGAAAGCAUCUCUCUGCUGGUCGGGUUCUCGGCCGGGCAGGUGCAGUACCUGGACCUCAUCAAGAAGGACACCAGCAAGCUCUUCAACGAGGAGAGGCUGAUCGACAAGACCAAGGUGACCUUCGUGAAAUGGAUCCCGGAGUCGGAGUCUCUCUUCCUGGCCUCCCACGCCAGCGGCCACCUGUACCUGUACAACGUGGAGCACCCCUGUGGCUCGGCCUCGCCCCAGUACGCGCUCCUCAAGCAAGGGGAGGGGUUCACGGUCUACACCUGCAAGGGCAAGAGCCCCCGCAACCCGCUGCUGAAGUGGGCCGUGGGCGAGGGGGCCCUGAACGAGUUUGCCUUCUCCCCCGACGGCCGCUCCCUGGCCUGCGUCAGCCAAGACGGCUGCCUGCGCGUCUUCCACUUCGACUCCAUGCUCCUGCAGGGGAUGAUGAAGAGCUACUUCGGGGGCCUGCUGUGCGUCUGCUGGAGCCCCGACGGGCGCUACAUCGUGACGGGGGGCGAGGACGACCUGGUGACCGUCUGGUCGUUCGCCGAGGGCCGGGUCAUCGCCCGGGGCCACGGCCACAAGUCCUGGGUCAACGCGGUGGCCUUCGACCCCUUCACCACCAGCACGGAGGAGGACGAGGCCAGCGAGUUCAGCGGGAGCGACGACGACGUCCAGGACUCUCUGAACUUCGGCCGGGUGCGGACGAGCAGCACCCUCUCCCACCUCUCCAAGCACAGCACCAAAAGCACCCCGUCCGUGACCUACCGCUUCGGGUCCGCCGGCCAGGACACGCAGUUCUGCCUCUGGGACCUGACGGAGGACGUCCUCUACCCUCACCACCCGCUCUCCCGGGCCCGAACGCUCACAAACACGUUCAGCGCCGGCAUCCCGCCUUCCGGGAGCGGCGGGAGCAACCUGGCCGCCGAGUCGGGGGGAGGCGCCCUGCCCCGCUCCCUCUCCCGCUCCAACAGCCUGCCCCACCCCGCCGUCACCAGCGCCGCCAAGAGCCACGUGGCCGACGGGGCGGUGCCCUUCAGCAUCGGCAAGUUCGCCACCCUCACCCUGCAGGAGCGGAAGGACAAGAACGCCGAGCGGGAGCACAAGCGCUACCACAGCCUGGGGAACAUCAGCAAGAGCAACGACAAGCUCAACGUGGUGCCCAAGAGCAAGCUGGACACCGCCAAGGUCCUGGGCACCGCCCUGUGCCCUCGGAUCAACGAGGUCCCCCUCCUGGAGCCCCUGGUCUGCAAGAAGAUCGCCCACGAGCGGCUGACCGUCCUGCUCUUCCUGGAGGACUGUAUCAUUACUGCCUGCCAGGAGGGGCUCAUCUGCACUUGGGCCCGGCCGGGGAAAGCGACCGUGAACUCCCAAAACGGCGGCUCGCCCAGCGGCACGGUGGUAUAACCAGGCGUUCCCGCUCAGCCGGCCAGUCU